GAAGAAAGAAGAAGAAGUUUUUCACGUCACAUGUUUACUCCAACAUGGCCACCUCCACAGAGUGUGGAGCUGCUUCAGAAACCAGCAUGUCCCUGAAGAAAGCUCUGCUGUCUGCAGCUUCUCCUCUCGCUCUGCGGAUCGUUGCUGAAUGCCCGGUGACUAAAGCAAGAGCUUGUGAUCUGGUUCUGCCUCACUGUGCAGUCAGCACACCGGUGUUCAUGCCUGUCGGUACUCAGGGGACCCUGAAGGGGAUCACUGUGGAUCAGCUGGAGGGUCUGGACUGUCAGAUCUGUCUUGGGAACACAUACCACCUGGGCAUGAGACCGGGGCCUGAUUUGAUCGAGAAAGCCAAUGGUUUACACGGGUUCAUGAACUGGAAGAGAAAUCUUUUAACUGACAGCGGCGGGUUUCAGAUGGUGUCUCUUGUCGAGCUCUCGGAGGUCACAGAGGAAGGGGUGAAGUUCAAGUCCCCCUAUGAUGGCAAAGAGAUCCUCCUAAGUCCUGAGAAAUCCAUCUGCAUACAGAACAGUCUGGGGUCAGACAUCAUGAUGCAGCUGGAUGAUGUGGUCAGCAGUACCGUGACAGGGCCACGGGUGGAGGAGGCAAUGCACAGAUCCAUACGCUGGCUGGAUCGCUGCAUAGCAGCCAAUAAGAAUCCAGACAAACAGAACCUCUUUGCCAUCAUCCAGGGAGGGCUGAAUGCAGAGCUGCGCAAGGCCUGUCUAGAUGAAAUGUCUAAACGUGAUGUUCCCGGUUUCGCCAUCGGAGGCCUGAGUGGAGGAGAAGAGAAGGACGACUUCUGGCGGAUGGUCACCCUGAGCACCGACCACCUGCCACGAGAAAAGCCUCGAUACCUCAUGGGUGUUGGGUAUGCUGUGGAUUUGGUUGUGUGUGUUGCUCUGGGAUGUGACAUGUUUGACUGCGUGUUCCCCACGCGUACUGCAAGGUUUGGCUCUGCCUUGGUGCCUUGGGGAUCUCUCCAGGUAAAAAAUAAACAGUAUGCCAAGGACUUCCAGCCCAUAGACCCAGACUGCCAGUGUCCCACCUGCCAGAGACAUAGUCGGGCUUACCUCCAUGCUCUGUUUAAGAGCGACACUGCAGCCAUGCAUCACGUCACCGUCCACAACAUUGCCUACCAGCUCUCCCUGAUGCGCUCUGUGAGACAGAGCAUUGUGGAAGGCCGUUUCCCUGAGUUUAUACGGACGUUCAUGAAGCGAAUGUUUCCCUCUCGGGACCAGUACCCCGGCUGGGCCGUGGACGCCCUAGCCUCCGUCAACGUUCCACUGGAAUAGAAGGCAACCACCAUGCUGGAUGUCAGACAGUGACUGAAAGAUUUUAUAUCUUUUAAAUGACUUUUUUUUAUGGACGAUUGUUUUUCUACUCUUUGUUUAUAUUUGUAUAUGAAUUGUUGGCGAUGAGGGGAAAAUGGCUUUUGAUCUGAAGGGAUGAAGCCUUUACUCAGCCCCUGCAAAUCGUCUUCACAGUACACACUGUGAUAAUGUGAGACUGAAUGGGGUUUAAAUGAGGUUUGAAACACAUGAACUAUCUCCUCUGAUAUGCUCAGACACUUUUUGUUGUUACCAUGGCUACAGAGCUCGGCCCACCCACUGGAAAUGAAAUGUUUUGCCUUCCCGUCAACCGGGGUGUUUAAUUUUAGCCGAAGGCACAAGAUUAAUAAAUGUAUAUGUAUUCUGGUGUUUUAACCUCCAACCUCACGGACUAGUAGUUGUCAGAUAACUGUUUGAACGGAUAAAUGAAACCAGCUCACUGCA